GUUUUAUGGUAAUUUUUUUCAAUAAAAAGCUAAAUUUCCGCAAACCAAAUCAGUUAUCCAUCAUGUUGGGCCACAUUGUUUUUCUGGCCUCAUUGGGAUUCAUUUUUGGCGCACCUCAGGCAGACAAAGUGGCUCAAAGGAUCAAAAAUGGGAACAAUACUACAGAUCCUUCCGUUCUUCUGUUGAAACAAUCUCCCUCUAUAUGUACAGGGACCCUUAUAUCACCAGAGAUUAUUCUAACUGCGGCUCACUGCUUUAGACACGAAAAACAGCGAACUACUGUCAUAUAUGGAUGUUCCGAAUUAGACAGCGACGAGUGUGAAGAAGUAGAAGUGAUAUCUUACAUUACUCAUCCGGAAUAUGUUGACCCAAAUAUGGUAGGAACAGGAGUAAUAUUCAACGAUAUUGCAGUGGGAAAAUUGGCACGUCCGAUAGAUAAUGUAGUUCCGAAGAGCUUAGCAAAUCCUGAUCAAGAUGAUCCACCUAGAGGGAUGGUAACUCUUAAGGGAUGGGGUAAAACCGAACUAGGAAAGCCCGCAAACGUGCUGCAAACCAUAAGUCUACCUAUCAGUGAAAGUGGGGAUCUCGAUUGUUAUAAAUCUGAAGAGAAAAUUCUUGUCGAGCAAAUGCAUGGAUUUGACGGAAUUGCAACUGGAGAUUCUGGUGGACCUUUACUGAUUGGUGAUACCGUUUUUGGAGUAGCUUCAUCAGUAUUAUAUUGGUCACCAUAUGGUCAGGUGGAAGAAUACGGAGUAUAUAUGAGUGUGCAAUAUUACUUUAAGUUCAUCAAGGAUUCGAUGGAUAAAUUGCAAAGACAUAAAUGAAAAACGAAAUAUGCCUAAGGAUUGUAAGGGGUUGUUUGUAAUAAUAAACAGAAAUAUCAUGA